AUGUCGCUCCGAGUGGGCUCCGUGUUCAUAGUUCUUGUACUUUCGGCGAUCGGAGUGUUUUUCCCUUUGCUAGGUCUCAAAAACCACAUUUUCCACAUCCCAAAGCUCCUCUUGUUUGCUGUGAGGUUUUUCGGUUCAGGUGUUAUUGUGGCCACAGCUUUCAUUCACUUGCUAGGCGACGCCUCUGAGUACUUGGCCAACGAGUGCUUGGGCGGGAUCUGGCAGGAGUACCCAUGGGCGACUGCCUUUUGUCUCAUGGGCGUAUGGAUCAUGUUCACUAUUGAGCUCUGUGUGAGCGAGUACGUUAAGCACAAGGGCUUAAAAAGACUGGACGGCUGCAGCGGUUGUGCUGAGUUGGUGUUGGACGAGGAUGCUGAACCUCACACUGACCCAUAUCACCAAAGUAGCAGAAGACCCCUGCUGCUGCCCGCCGAACAUCUGCAUCUGCAUCAGCUUGAAGACUUGAACCAAAAGAAUGUCCAGUUUGAGAAAACUAAUGAGAGUGAUAUCUUAGAUAGAGACAUGGAGGCUAACACUGCCUCUGAGCUCUCUGAGAGUACAUACCGUGUGCUCGUCAGCAUUUUCAUCCUUGAAUUUGGCAUUGUUUUCCACUCUGUGUUUGUGGGCUUAUCCCUCGCUAUUGCCCAAGACGAGUUUAAGACACUCUUGGUGGCCAUUUCAUUCCACCAGUUCUUCGAAGGCAUGGGCCUUGGUGCGCGUUUCGCCGGUGCUAUCUGGCCGAAGAACCAACACUGGGUGCCUUGGGCGCUCGGUAUAGCCUUUGCUUUGACUACGCCUACCGGUGUGGCUGUUGGCCUCGGUGUGCGUCACACUUACUCUGAGGACUCCAGAGAGGCCCUUCUCACCGUGGGCAUUUUCAAUUCUUUCUGCUCCGGUAUCCUUAUCUACAAUGGUAUGGUCGAUUUGAUGGCCCAGGAUUUCAUCCACGGCGACUUUUUGCGGAAUUGCCGCUGGAAGAAGGUGGCUUUUGCGUACUCGAUGCUUUCGCUCGGGUGCCUUCUUAUGGCGUUCAUUGGCAAAUGGGCUUAA